AUGUUCGCUGCUGUGCGCGCACCCUCUUCGAGCGCCGCUCGCUCUCUCUCGCUGUGCGCUGUGCGCUCGCUCAGCGUCGUCCGCGUCGGCAAGACGAGCCCCUCGCACACCCUUCCUCGUUCGCCGAGCGUCAGCUCAUCCCGCGGUCUGGCGACGGCCGUCCCAGCUCUGGACAUUGCCAUCACUUCUUCGCCCGCACCAGAAUCGCAGCCAGCCACGCUGCACCUCAAAUCCGGUCAAGCCAUCUCUGGCAAAUCCUUUGGCUCUCCUCGCACGCAGUUCGGUGAAGUCGUCUUUACCACUGCCAUCACCUCCUACACCGAGUCGCUCACCGAUCCAUCCUAUCAAGGUCAAAUCCUCGUCUUUACCCAGCCGCUCAUGGGAAAUUAUGGAGUGCCAGACAACUUCAGCGGCUACAGUCCCAAUGGACACGCUGAAGACGUCGACGUUGGAGCUUUCCUCGAGAGCCGCGGAAUUCAAGCUGCUGGCGUCGUCGUCUCUGACCUCUGCGAGAGGUUCUCCCACUUUGAGGCUCGCGAAAGUCUGGCCAGCUGGUGCGCUCGUCACGACGUGCCAGGCAUUUCGGGCGUCGAUACGCGCGCUCUCACCACGCUCCUGCGCAAUCAAGGCUCCACCUUGGGAGGCAUCGUCGUCGGCGAGAAGCACGACGUCAAGCCGGAAGCUGAUCAAUUCUUUGAUCCGAUGGAACUCAACUUGAUCCAGAGCGUCAGCACGAAGCACGCCUACACCAUUCAUCCUCGUCUAGGAGAGAGCGGUGCGCGCGCUCACAUUGCUCUGCUCGACUUUGGAAGCAAGGCCAACAUCGUUCGUUGCUUGGUGCGAGAAGGCGUCAGCGUAACUGUCCUUCCGUGGAAUUACGAUUUCAAUGCGGUUAGGGAUCGCUUCGAUGGACUCUUUCUCUCCAACGGACCCGGCUCUCCCAACUCCAUCCCCGAAGCCAUCGAAACGACGCGCAAGGUGAUUACAGAGUGGAACAGGCCAGUAUUUGGUAUUUGCAUGGGCAAUCAGAUCAUCGGUCUAGCAGCAGGAGCGACGUGCUACCGCAUGUCCUUUGGAAAUAGAGGUCACAAUCAGCCCGUCAUCAGCCUAUCCACUGUCGGCAACUGCAUCAAGGCGGGACGCGUGUACGUCACUUCGCAAAACCACGGUUAUUGUCUAUCGUGGGACCACGAUGCGCCCAACGGCGGUUGGCCAGCCGGAUGGAUCCCUUGGUUUGUCAAUGCAAACGACGGCAGCAUCGAGGGAUUGCGCGCUUCGCCAGAGAGCGGCAAGCUGGUCUGGGCUGCGCAAUUCCAUCCCGAAAGCGCUGGAGGUCCUCAGGAUAGUCACGGCAUGUUUACGGAUUAUGUGGACGAAGUUGUCAAGCUUAGGAAUGCAGAGGGAAGAAGCGUGGGAAAGGGACUGGAGAAGGAGCACCUCGUUCAGGCUCCACGCAGCGCUACGGGUACGCCGAUAGGACACGUCGUCAAUCCUUCCACGGCCAACGUCGUCUCGCCAAAGUGA